AUGAGCGACUCUCAAACCUCAGAGAAGUCCAAUUUUGGGCGAAGAACAUGGGAUCGUGCCGAAUAUGCCCAGCUUGGACGGCUUUCGAAGGAUUCCCCAAACCCUCAUCUUGAUUCUCUCACACAAGAAGAACUGCAAUCUUUAAAAGUCAGGUACACGAACCACAAUACUUUGGUGGCAGGGGCAACUCAGAAUGCCAAUCAGAAAGUUCUUACGAGCACGUUGAGCUCUUAUAAAAGAGGCAAACAAUUCGGAUUUUAUUGCGAACUGUGCGAUUUGACUUUCAAAGACACUCUGCAGUUUGUAGAUCAUCUAAAUCAUAAAAUUCACCAGAUUAAAUUUGAAACGGUUUUUGGUGAGCCUCUGAUAAUAGAUCUGCGAGAUAACGAUGAUAUCCCCCUUCAAGAAUUUGACGAAGCCUACUCCUCAACGAUUAGAGAAUUUUUGAAGACUUAUGGGCGGCCCUCUACCAAACGGAAAAACGCAAGCCAAACCGACCACAGUGUCCCAGUUGCCAAGACGCAGCAAAAACGCAAGAUCAAUGAUGGAAAUAACCUUGACACUGUAAUGGGAUUCGGAGGAUUUGGUACUACAAAAAGAAAAUGA